UUUAUUUAACAAGAUUUUCAAGAAGAUAUAAUAAUUUCCGUUAACCAAAAUAUAUAACCACAGUAUGACUGCUGCUCAUGAACUACCUAUUUAUAGCAGGGAGGAAGUUGCUCUUCAUACAGCUAAAUCUGAUGCUUGGGUAAUAAUUAGAGAUAAAGUAUACAAUGUCACUAAUUGGUUAGAUAAACAUCCUGGUGGUGUUUCAUUAAUAUUAAAUUUAGCAGGAAAAGAUUGUUCAGUUGAGUUUAACAGCUUCCAUCUAAAUCCUAACUAUGACAGACUCAAGCCAUAUCUUAUAGGGCAAUUGCCUGCAGCUCAAUGGCAUAAAGAUACGCAAUUAGGAAAAGAUCUUAAAGCGUUAUUUGAAGAGUUAAAAAAUCUUAAAGCAUUUGAAAGUGAUUAUUGGUUAUAUAUUAAACUUGCAAGUAUAAUUUCAUCACUUUUUGUUGCUUCCAUCUUCUUUUUACACUUUUCAUCAUCAUACUGGUCACUUUGUUUAAGUGCAAUGUUUCUUGGUUUAUUCUGGCAGCAAUUGGCUUUUGUUGGUCAUGAUCUUGGCCACCAUGCUGUAACACAUAAUAAAAAAAAAGAUGAGACUCUUGGUUAUAUAUUUGGAAAUUUUCUUCAAGGAAUCAGUGUAGCUUGGUGGCGACACAGUCACAACACCCAUCAUACACUUACUAAUUCAAUCAAUCACGAUCCAGAUAUUCAGCACCUGCCUGUGUUAGCUGUUUCUAAAUCGUAUUUUAACAACAUAUUUUCAACGUACUAUCAUCGGGUCUUAAAAUUUGACAGGAUUGCACAUUUGUUUGUUUCAAUUCAACAUUAUAUGUUUUUUCCUAUCAUGGGAUUGGCUCGUUUUAACCUUUAUGCACAAAGUUUUAUUUUUAAUCUAAUAGGGGUCGGAGCUUCUUCAAAGGGAAAACAGGCAGAGUUAUUUUCUUUACUGGGUUUUUGGACUUGGUUUUUGUUGUUGUUAAUGUAUAUUAGCUCUACACUAUCUUACAGCCAUGCUAUUAUUUUUUUGUUUUUAUCGCAUGCCACAGCAGGUUUAGUACACAUACAGAUUUGUAUAAGUCAUUUUUCUAUGGAAACAUAUAUGGGAGUGCCUCAGAGUAACUACGAAAAUGAUGGCUAUUUUUUAUCUCAGUUAAUGACAACCAUGAAUGUUGAUUGUCCUCCUUGGAUGGAUUUGUUUCAUGGUGGACUUCAAUUUCAAAUUGAGCACCAUAUAUUUCCACAUUUAACAAGAAGCAAACUUCGUUAUGUUCAAGGUAGGUUACAGAGCUUAUGUAAAAAGCAUGGUUUGCCUCACCACUCAAAACCAUUUUUUGGAGCUGUGUUAGCAGUUGUGGAAAAGCUUCAUGAAACAUCAAAAGAGCUUAAAUUGUCUAAUAUGAUUUGGGAUGGAAUGAACCUUGUUGGUUAAGUUUGUUAAAACUUUCAACUAAGCCAAAACGGUUACUUAUAAUUCAGAGUUUUUCUGUAAUAAUGCAAUGUGUUCACAACGAAAAAAUUGUUAUUAUUAUUUUAUUUUUUUUUGGUAUUUAUUAGAGAGUGUAUGUUGGAUUUUAUAGUUAGCCUUAAAAGAGAAAACAUAGUUUGGAA